AUGGCGAACUCCAUCCUGAUAGACCAAGCCCGCAAGGACUGUGAGCGCUUCAUCAACUCCCUCGACCUGGACCAGAUUUGUCGUCUUGCGUCAUCUUACCACGGAGGGCUUCCGUGUCAGGUAGUCAGGGUCAUGCGAUAUAACCCCUUCAAUGUCGGUGUCAUUGUCAUGUUUCCCACAAUCCCUCCGGAAUCAUGGGUUGUCCGACUUCCCAUCCCAGGGCUUGUCGUCUGGAUUGACGAGAAAUUGGAGGCCGAGUUGGCUACCAUGAGAUAUGUUGGUGCCAAAACCACUAUUCCCAUACCCCGUGUGCACGGCUACUCCUUCACCGAAGGUAGUCCUAUACAGAUGGCUUUCAUUAUCAUGGACUGCAUUGCGGGGCGAAAUCUGGCGGAUCUUGACUUCCCUUUUCCCAUGCAAAACAAGACAUGUUCCAGCGAGAUUCAGGACAUAUUAACAAGCAAGCUUUACCGACAACUUGCCGACUUCUACAUCCAGCUACGUCAGCUCGAGUUUCCCGAAGUCGGAGCCCUUGGCCUCCCUAUUGUUGAUGGGAGACCAGUGUAUGAGUGCGACCCCGAUGACAUCCACGUGCGUCACCGCCCCAUGUCGAUGGAGAUGUCCCUGCAGGAGAUCCAGGGAUUCGAGGCCGGCGACAAGGUCCCGCCGCGAACUACCUUCUCCACCGCAAGCAGCUUCGUAAACGAGGCUCUACUCAGGCUGGCCGACAACGAAUUCGACAAAUGCAGUGAUGUAGGACUCGACACUCGUCGCGGACAGCAAUACCUCUACGCUCGACACCACUUCCGCAAUUUUGUCAUUGAUACUUGGCUCGACCCUGGCACCGAAAACGGUCCAUUUGUCUUGAUGCAUGGGGAAUUGGAUGUUACCCUAGACAACUUGCUCUUCGAUAACGACCUUAACCUCGUUGGCGUCAAGGACUGGGAAUGGAGCUGCGUCGUUCCGAUACAGAUAUUUGUCCCGCCCGUCUGGUUGGUCGGCGGCCCCCCCGAGUGGAUGAUUGGACAUACAACACCAUUCAACAGAGAGGCCGGUCGUCUUGUUGCUGCAAUUCGAGAGCGCGAGACAGCUCUCCAGGUGCCGCCACAGCUUUCCAAUGAAUGGGACGAGACGGAAUCGUGGUGUCACACAGCCAUAGUCAUGGCCUUGCGACACCCAGACCUGACGUACGACGUCUUCUGGCAUUUCUUGUUUGGCGAAUGCGUGGUCCCGAUACCUGCGUAUUACGAAUACAGGUAUACGGAGUUUUACAGGAGCGUCAUUCUCCCGCUCUUGACAGAGUUCAUAGCACCACCUGGGCGGAAGGCUCUGCUCGCUCGCAAGAUGAUGGAGCAGCGCUUCUUCUACGACGCGGAGAAAGACUACUUCAAAUACGAAGAGGCGCGAAGGGUAAGGAGAGAGUGA